AUGAAUUGUCCCUCCCGCCCAGACAACACGGAACGCCAUCCCCACUGGAACCAGAACCCGCACGCCCUCAGCGGGGAUCUGACUACCCGAGCCGACCUCAAUGGGAUCGUCAAUCUACGCGAACAGCGACGACAUACGGACUCGAGCCGAGAUCUGGCUGACUCGGACGAUACCGACUAUGACUAUGAGCAGAUCCAGACACAGGUCCCGGACAUCGGGACAGCGGACACUGGUCCCAAGGGAUGGCGGUGGAGGGGGCGGGGGCAGAGGCAGAGGCAGCAGACUAAAGAAAGUGCUGUGGUCAAUGUUGAUCCGACGACGACGACGACGAAUAACCACCGGGAAACUAUGACCUCGAAUAACCAGGAGACUAUGACUACCAAUACACCUACACCUCCGUCUCCGUCUCAUUUGGCCUUUCAUCAACCACCUUUUCAGUCACGACGAAACCAACCAAACUUCCCUUCGCCCUCCGCAAUCAUCAACAAAAUCGUCGUCACGCUCCAGAAAUACGUCAAGUUCGUCGGUCCCGGCUUCCUCGUCGCCGUCGCGUACAUCGAUCCAGGGAACUACGCGACCGACGUGCAGGCCGGCGCCGCCACGCGCUACCGCCAUUUGUUCAUCAUCCUCAUGUCCAACCUGUUCGCCAUCUUCUUGCAGUCGCUGUGCAUCAAGCUGGGCAGCGUCACGGGCUUGGAUCUGGCCGAGAACUGUCGCAAGCAUUUGCCGAAAUGGUUGACGAUUGUGUUGUAUUUGCUUGCCGAGGCGGCUAUUAUUGCUACGGAUAUUGCAGAGGUCAUCGGUUCCGCCAUUGCACUAAAUCUACUCCUCCACAUCCCUCUCGUCGCCGGCUGUGCCAUCACCCUCGUUGACGUCCUGUUGCUGCUCAUGCUCUAUCGGCCCGACGGCUCCAUGGGCCGGCUCCGACUGUUCGAAUACUUCGUCAUGGGCCUGGUUCUGGGGGUCAUGGUCUGUUUCUGCGUCCAGCUGUCCUUCAUCCAAAACACCACGGCCGGCGAGGUAUUCCAAGGGUACCUGCCGUCGUCGGCCAUCGUGAACGGCAACGGCAUCUAUCUCUCGUGCGGCAUCAUCGGGGCGACGGUCAUGCCGCACUCCAUCUUCCUCGGCUCGGGCGUCGUGCAGCCCCGCUUGAAGCAGUUUGACCAACAGAACGGCCACAUGAUAGCCAUGGACGAAUCCGCCGAUGACUCGGACCAGGCGGAAAAAUACGUCCCGUCCAUCUACGCGAUCCGCGCGUGUCUCAAAUACUCCAUCGUCGAGCUGGCCACGUCGCUCUUCACCUUUGCCCUGUUCGUCAACUCGGCCAUCCUCAUCGUCUCGGGCGCCUCGUUGUAUCCGCAGACCGCGGCCACCGAGGCCGAUCUGUUCGGCAUCCAUGACUUGCUCAGUAAGAACCUGUCCAAAGCCGCCGGGACCAUCUUCGCCCUGGCGCUUUUGCUCUCGGGCACUUCGGCCGGCAUCGUCUGCACCAUGGCCGGCCAGAUGGUGUCGGAAGGCAUGCUGAACUGGUCCGUGAAGCCGUGGAUGCGCCGACUCAUCACCCGCGCCAUCAGCAUUACUCCGAGCAUCAUCAUUGCCGCGGCUGUUGGAAGGGACGGCCUCAACCAGGCUCUGACGGCGAGCCAGGUGGCGCUGAGUGUCAUUUUGCCGUUCGUCACCGCCCCGCUGGUCUGGUUCACUUGCCGGAGCAAUAUCAUGUCGGUGCGCGAUGACGGAGGCGUCGACGGGCAGGAGAUGGUCAAUAUGCGCAACGGUUGGUUGACGACCGCGCUGGCUGUGGCUAUUUGGCUGGUACUGGUGGUCAUGAACAUUGCAUUGCUGGUUUUGGUGGGUUUGGGAAAGGCUUAG